UACGACACAAUAAUGGGGUCGUUUACUGCAGCGCCAUAGUCAAGUCAGAUGGCUUCUUGAACAGCCAGUCGGGCAGCCAUGGAUACACCAACGACGUGAUCAGCGAUGUUGGAGAAACCGCCGAGGCAGAGAGGAUGUUUCCCAAACGUUCUCUGUCUUGAGUAGAUUGUUGGGUUUUUUUUUGGCAGCCUGGUUUUGUCUAUUUGUGUGGGACGACCCGAUUUGAUGGCCGAUGAAGAUUGUUGCACAUUCGAAAAGAGGUUUUUUUUGGAGUCUUGCUUCGUGGAGCGAGCUGCUGGUGCUCGCCUGUUAGCAGUGGAGUUCGACACUUACAAGAAUACAUUUGACAUAGAUGGAAAUCACGUUGGAAUCGACACAAAUGGGGUGACAAAUUCCUUGGUAAGUAGGAGUCUCAACAACACUGGCAUUGACCUUAAAAGUGGGAGAGACAUCAAGGUUCGAGUUGAUUAUGAUAUAACAACAAAAUGGCUUCAAGUGUCUGUGGCAUACGCGUCAGACCCAUGGAUAACUUUCCUGAGGUUGCCUAUUGACAUAUCAGCUUAUGUGCCACGAGCCAUGUAUGUGGGUUUCACAGCCUCAACAGGGACUUUCUUCGAGCACCAUCAGAUUCUCAAUUGGGAGUUCACAUCAACGCCAAUUGCGACAUAAGAAGAUCAAAUGCAGUACUGAGUAAUUCAUGGAACAACUAUUAAGAAUAAAUUAUGAUCGUAUUUGAAUUUUUUUUGUUCUGUAUACCGUUGAUUGAUGAAUCAAGAGCAAUAAGAGCAGGUCCCUGCAUAUUUUAAAUAAGACCAAGUUAUAAAGAUGGUGUCUUUCACCA